AUCUGUUCACUAAUAGACGAGCUGAAAAAAUCGGGCCUCCGGCGACGACUGGCCGGUUGGGAUUUAAUUUUUCGACUAUCGGCCGGCCGGCAGGGUGGCUAAACAGACACAUAUGUGACAUUGCUGCAUGCAAGGGCAACUACCAUACACCUGAGAAUAGAACAAGUGAUACAGAAACGAGUUGUACAUUCCAAUAUAUUGUAGUUCAGGACCGGUGGAAAUAUGAGAAAGACGAUUAAUUGUUGGAUGGUGGUCUUUAGGCUAUUCCUUUUCACAUACGUUUUUGCAACAAUUGACAAAACCAACUCCAAAUCAUCUUUCAAGCAGUGUGAAACCAUCGUCAAGAAAUGGGCUUCGUCUUCCCAAGAAUUUGAAGUCUUUGAAGAUCAAAAGACAUUGAAGGAUUUGUUAUUUUUCCUUCACGUUCCCAGGACAGGGGGAAAGAAUUAUUUCCAUUGUUUUCUGGAGAAGCUCUAUGAUCCCUCUUCAAAGUGCCCACUUUCCUAUGAUGAGUUAAGGUUUGAUCCAAGGAAUCCAGGAUGCAACUUGACUGUAACUCAUGAUGAUUACAGCUUGAUGUCUAAGCUACCAUAUGAUAAAACUUCUGUGGUGACAGUUAUUAGGAAUCCAGUAGAUCGUGUGUUUAGUUCUUAUGAAUUUUCUGUGGAGGUUGCAGCCAGGUCACUAAUGUUUCCCAAUUUAACAUAUGCUACUGAAGUGGCUAAUCGUCGACCUGUUAGUGUUGAGAAACUAGGAGGAAACACCCUAGAUAUAUGGCCAUGGAAGUACUUGGCUCCAUGGAUGAUAGAAGAUCUAUUUGCUCGAAAAAAUAUGAGAGAAGUGAAGGGUGAAAAUCUUAUAAAAACCAAUGAGCCAUACAAUAUGGGAGAUAUUGUGAUGCCUUUGCACCAAUUCAUCAAUGAUCCUAUUGCAUUGGAUCUUGUUCACAACGGUGCCACAUUUCAGGUUGCAGGACUCACAAACAACUCUUACUCAAAAGAGUCAAAUGAUGUGCGCAAAUGUGUAUUGAAAUACCAAACUCUUGGUGAAUAUGUUCUUGAAGUUGCCAAGAGGAGGUUGGAUGGUAUGUUGUAUAUUGGGCUCACUGAUAAACACAAAGAAUCAGCUGCUUUAUUUGCAAGUGUGGUUGGUGAUCAAGUGAUAUCUAAAUUAGCUCAAUCGCGAUUUAGUGUAAAUGGUUCCACUAUCAACCAUUCAAAACUUAUCGAUCCAUUCAGAAACUCAAGCUCUAAAACGGAGACAACGAGAAAGCUUGUGAAAUUAUAUGAAGGGUGCAUUCAAAGGUCACUUGAAUCUCAAAGACAAAGGCGUGCAUCGUCUGUGAAAUAUAUCACUCCGGUAAAUUUCACUCAGGAGAGUCGACAUCAGGUUCCGAAGAGAAUUAUUGAGGAAAUUGGUGCACUAAACAACCUAGAUAUGCAGCUUUAUGAAUAUGCACAACUAAUCUUUGAGAAGCAAAAGCAAACAGGGUCAAAGAAGGUGAUUACGGAGGUGAUGAGUUAUGGAAUGUUGAACGCUUUGUAUGUUACCUCUUGGAAACAUCUUCCAUUUGCAUUACCCUUUCUACUUUUGCUCCCCUUCAUUUUCAUAUAUGUAAGUAGUAGAACGAAAAGAUCAAAAUCCAAAUUGUGAAUACACAUUACAGAUAUAGUAGUAGCACGCAACAUGUUCCUAAGAUACAAAACUGAAAGAAGACUUGCAACUAUAAUGUAUUCGUAUUUUUCAAG